AAGUUAAAUUUUCAAUUAUUGGUUUCUUAUUUUUACAUUUAUUAAUAUAAUAUCAUGGCCACUGUAGGGUAUAUAAUUUACAUCACAUCUGCUUGAAGUUCCACACCUUCAAUAUCCACACAAAAAAAAAGAAUUGCUAGAGCUUGCGAGAAACCUUAAAAUGGCUGAGGAACAACAAAACUCAGCUCACAUCAAUGGUGAAAACAUCAUCCCUCCAGAAGAUGUUGCUAAGUUCCUGCCCAAAACUGUUGAAGAAGGUGGAUGGGAAAAAUGUUGGGAAGAUGGGGUAACACCAUGGGACCAAGGAAGAGCCACACCUCUUGUUGUCCAUCUUGUUGAAUCUUCUUCUCUUCCUCUUGGUCGUGCUCUUGUCCCCGGCUGUGGCGGAGGUCACGAUGUGGUUGCGAUGGCAAGCCCCGAACGUUACGUUGUUGGUUUGGAUAUUUCUGAAAGUGCCCUCGAGAAAGCUGCUGAGACUUACGGCUCCUCACCGAAGGCCAAGUACUUUACGUUCGUGAAGGAAGACUUCUUCACAUGGCGUCCUAACGAAUUAUUCGAUCUCAUUUUCGAUUAUGUGGUCUUCUGUGCCAUUGAGCCGGAGACGAGACCUGCAUGGGCCAAAGCCAUGUAUGAACUCUUAAAACCCGAUGGCGAACUCAUUACUCUCAUGUAUCCGAUUACCGAUCAUGAUGGUGGACCGCCAUACAAAGUAGCUUUCUCUACCUACGAAGAUGUUUUGGUUCCGGUAGGAUUCAAGGCAGUGUCCAUUGAAGAGAAUCCAUACUCCAUUGCCACUCGUAAGGGUAAAGAGAAGCUUGCUAGGUGGAAGAAGAUCAACUGAUCCAAGAAAGAUCUCUCUUACUCUUUAGUCUUUACUAAGAGUCUUAUAUGCACAUUCUACCAAUGUAUUAAGUAUGAAAUGAAUAUUCUACAAAUUUGCCGAUUAUUAAUAAUAAACUUGAUGUUUGUGAUAAUAUAAUUCAAUUAAGAGAGACUAAUUUUAGUUAA